AUGUCUUUAACCAGAGUAUCCUCCACCGACCAGUUCGAGCGGUUCGAUCCCGCUGCCGGGCUUGAACACCGGAGGAUGAGCUUCAACCCCGUCACAGAUUGGAUCCCGCCCAAGGACAACACUGAACCUCUCAGCGCUGCUAGCGUUCUCGAGUUUGAGGAAGUGUCCAAGUCUAGAAGAUUACUACAGGUCGCAAUUGCCAUAAUCUACUGCCUUUUCGCAGCCGGCAUUGUAUUCGGAUAUGCCGCAAUCAAGCCUGUCCUCAUCGACGAGGGCGCCUUUCGAGAGCUGUGCACGUCAGAAGAAGUAGAAAAGGGCGUGUCCCCAUGCUACCAGCAGGAAAUCCGCCUCAAUCUCAUGUUCACUGUGGCCGCUGUAUCCACGAAUGUGGCCGCGCUUCCUAUAGGGACGAUACUGGACAGAUAUGGUCCUAGGGUUUGCGGUAUCAUCAGCAGUGUUCUUCUUUUCGCAGGAGCGGCCCUCUUCUCGUUCGCGUCCAGCAUCGAUGGAGAUGCCUACACGCCAGCGUACUUCCUUCUCGCUCUGGGUGGGCCUUUUGUCUUCAUCUCUUCCUUCCAGCUAUCGAACGCAUUCCCUCAAAGGUCGGGGCUUAUCCUUGCUCUCCUCACUGGGGCGUUCGACUCAUCAUCCGCACUGUUUCUUCUAUUCCGAGUCUUGUACGAGAAGACUGGUGGACAGGUCAACACCGAGAACCUCUUCAAGAUCUAUCUGGUGGUCCCUGUCUUCAUCUUACUGGUUCAAGUUUUUGUCAUGCCGAAGCACUCCUACAAAUCGGUGAGCGAGAUUGUAAAAGAAGCCGAGGACGAGAUCAAUGCACCAACACCACCCAACGCAUCCGUCGAAGAGCAGAUCUCUGCACGUGAAAGGCGGGAGAGCACUGCCUCCGAGAUUACUGCACUGCUAGAGAUGCCGGCCAACACGAAGCGGGCAAGCAGGGAAGAGAAGAAGAACACGAUAUCGGGAGUGUGGGGCGCCAUGCACGGGCACACGGCCUGGGAACAGAUCAAAAGUCCUUGGUUCUUGCUCAUUACGCUUUUUACGGUUGUGCAGAUGACGAGAAUCAACUAUUUCGUGGCUACGAUCAGGUCACAAGAACGGUGGUUGCUGGGAUCCGAGAAACAAGCCAGAAAAGUCAACGAGUUCUUCGACAUUGCAUUGCCUGUAGGAGGCGUGCUGAGUAUCCCCUUCAUCGGAACUGUUCUGGAUGGCACGUCGACUCCAUUUGCGCUCGCAUGUCUGGUCGUGGUCGCCACUAUCAUUGGGGUACUGGGAUGUCUUCCCUAUACUUGGGCUGCAGUGGCCAAUAUCGUCUUGUUUGUCUUGUAUCGGCCGUUUUACUACACAGCUGUCUCGGACUACUCAGCCAAGGUCUUUGGGUUCGUCACCUUUGGAAAAGUUUACGGCCUUAUCAUCUGCUUGGCAGGACUUUUGAACUUUGUGCAGAGCCCCCUGGAUGCCCUGACGCAUAAGACGUUCAAGAACAACCCUAUACCUGUGAAUGCCACUCUUACGGGCCUUGCUGUCGUUGUCGGCACCGGCCUCGUCUCCUAUACCUAUAUCAAGAGUCGGAAUCUGGCCCGAGCCAAGCUGGAGGAUGAGGCGGAGGGCGCCACCGAAAGAUUGAUGCCGCAUCCCAACGGUGAGGGGUAUGGAACUUGA